UUAUCACAAAAUUGGGUUAAAUGUAGGGAGGCAUUUAAUUUAUAGAGGACGUAUAAAUGUAAUUGUUUCGUUUUUCAAGGUUUUACCGAGGAAAUGCUGGAUGAGAGUGUCGAUUAUACGGCAAAACAUGCGUGCAUGUUAGUCUGACUGUACUCAAUUUACUAUUUAGAAUAUAACUUAGGAACAAUAGUCGUUUCUUCUACAAUAUGGCGAUAUUUUAGAGAGCCAUGUGUUAAAUUUCUUAGUACAAAAAAAUUUAAUUCUGUGAGCAUGAAAGUAGUUGUGAUUUUAUUUUUGUUUUUUUAUUCACAAACGGCGGCCAUUUCGAACGGAUACAGAGCGACAGAAUUUGAAUUUCCGUAUUUGGUUUCGGUUCAAGAUCAAUGGGGAAUUCAUUAUUUCGACGCGAUCAUCAAUUCGCCUUCGCUACUCCUGACCAGUUGCGACAAUUUAGCGUCUGUGACCGAGAGCAAAGCCGAGAUAAAAACAGCCAUAUACAAUUCUAGGUUGGUGACCGGAAGUACUUAUCUCCUGGCAGCAGUAGUUACACGUUUCCCUGAUAAACUCUUUGUCCAUCCGAAAUGUCGGGAAGUGGGCGGAGUAAUUGAAUACGAUGUCGGGAUAAUUAAAGUAACCGAACCGUUCGAAUUCGGAGACGUUGUGAAGCCGGCGAAGCUCUCUUACGACACGUCUUGGCUGAAUCAGAUGAUCAGCCAUCACCAACAAAUAAGAGUCAUCGGCUGGGGGGAUACGAAAGAGAUCCUAGACACCGACAAUCAACCGGUCGAGCCCAACCCGCAUGUUUAUGUGCUCAGUUUGAAGUUGGCCGACCAUCAAAGUUGCACAAAUUAUUUAUGCGAGGGGGCUAAAGACUGCAUGCGUUCGAGGACAACCAUCUGCACUUUACCGUUGGACUUCGGCUCGCUUUGCGUCGGUGAUUCCGGUUCUCCCGUCUAUUAUGAAACCUGGGUUUGGGCCGUUUCGACGUUCGUCUCAAAACCGUGUGGUGUCUCCCAGUACCACAUAUUCACGAGGCUGGACAUGUGUAAGCCGUGGAUAACUGAAAUCAUAUUGAAUAACGAAGUGAAAAGUCCUGAAUUGUUCGCCAAAACGUCACAUAAUCGCGUUCGAACCGACCUGCUCGUAGUAAAUUUUGUCGUUGUGAUUACAUUUUAUAAACUGUAGCGAACAUAGUGUUCUUUAUCUGUCUUUUACUUUUUAGGCACACAUGUUAUGGAAACAACUAUAAUAUUGUAAAGGAUAUUUACUGUUAA